UGGUACGUAAAUCGCUGAAAAACAGUGUCAACGUACCUUUCUUCUCUGUUUCCACUGUCAUCGCUCUUUCAAAAUUCCCCGCCACCGUUCCCUUUUCCGGUCGCAAAGCUUCGCCGAAUCCGCUUCUGCAUUCGCACUCGCAGUCGUAUUGACAACACCAUAAGACAGUCUGUGGUUUCGACAAGUUGUAGGGUUAAAAAGUAUCAACUGUCAGUAUGGGUGACUUGUCAAGGGAGGAUUUUAGUAAUACACUUCGAAUACUUGUUGCUACGGAUUGCCAUCUGGGUUAUAUGGAGAAGGAUGAAGUACGGCGCCAUGAUUCGUUCCAGGCAUUUGAUGAGAUAUGCUCAAUAGCACAACAAAAGAAUGUGGAUUUUUUGCUUCUGGGUGGUGAUCUGUUCCAUGAGAAUAAGCCUUCAAGGUCAACACUAGUUAAGGCCAUUGAGAUUCUCCGCCGUCAUUGCCUCAAUGAUCAGCCAGUGCAGUUCCAAGUUGUUAGCGACCAGACUGUGAAUUUUCCAAAUACAUUUGGUCAUGUAAAUUAUGAAGAUCCUCACUUCAAUGUUGGAUUGCCAGUGUUUAGUAUCCAUGGAAAUCAUGACGACCCUGCUGGAGUGGAUAAUCUUUCUGCUGUCGAUAUUCUCUCAGCGUGCAACCUUGUAAACUAUUUUGGGAAAAUGGGUCUUGGGGGUUCUGGGGUUGGUCAGAUCACUGUGUAUCCUAUUCUCAUGAGGAAGGGUGCAACAUCAGUGGCUCUUUAUGGUCUUGGAAAUAUUAGAGAUGAACGGCUCAAUAGAAUGUUUCAGACACCACAUGCUGUACAAUGGAUGAGACCUGAAUCUCAAGAAGGGUUGGAAGUGUCAGACUGGUUCAACAUUCUAGUGCUUCAUCAGAACAGAGUGAAGACAAACCCAAAAAAUGCCAUCAAUGAGCACUUUUUACCACGCUUCCUAGACUUCGUAGUGUGGGGGCAUGAACACGAAUGCCUCGUGGACCCUCAGGAAGUUCCGGGGAUGGGAUUUCACAUUACACAACCUGGUUCUUCUGUUGCAACAUCACUGAUUGACGGAGAAUCAAAGCCAAAGCAUGUGCUCCUUUUAGAAAUUAAGGGGAAUCAAUACCGUCCAACCAAGAUUCCUUUGACGUCAGUGAGGCCUUUUGAGUACACAGAGAUUGUAUUAAAAGAUGAACCUGAAAUUGAUCCCAAUGAUCCUAAUUCAAUUCUUGAACACUUGGACAAAGUGGUCAACGCUCAGAUAGAGAAAUCUAGGAAAAAUGUUAGCGGAUCACAGCCCCAACUUCCACUAGUUCGAAUAAAGGUGGACUAUUCUGGAUUUAUGACAAUAAAUCCUCAAAGAUUUGGACAGAAGUAUGUGGGGAAGGUUGCAAACCCACAAGACAUUCUUAUAUUUUCAAAAGCUUCAACAAAGGGCCGGAGCGAAGCUAAAAUUGAUGAUUCUGAACGGCUUCGCCCGGAAGAACUAAAUCAGCAAAACAUAGAGGCUUUGGUUGCGGAAAAUAAUCUGAAAAUGGAGAUCCUUCCUGUCAAUGAUUUGGAUGUUGCAUUGCACAAUUUUGUUAGUAAGGAUGACAAAAUGGCUUUCUAUUCUUGCGUGAAGUACAAUCUUGAAGAAACUCGAAAGAAAAUUGCUAAGGAUCCAGAUACAGUGACAUUUGAAGAGGAAGAUUUAAUAGUUAAAGUCGGGGAGUGCUUGCAGGAACGUGUCAAGGAAAGACCUACGAACUCUAAGAGUAACUCUCCAUUCUCAUCCACUGCCCCUCCUUGGGAGGAUUUCAGAAGUACAAGUGCUGCUGGAACUGCAAGUGCAGUUUCCUUCAGUGACGAUGAAGAUGCAACGCAGAUGACUGGCUCAACAUCCACUGCCAGAGGCCGCAAGGGCAGAACGUCUACCUCAGAAGUUGGUAAGGGUAAAACUACUGCAAGAGGAAGGGGCAGAGGCAGGGGCAGGGGUACCAGUACCUUGAAGCAGACGACUCUCGAUGCAUCUCUUGGAUUUCGGUCUUCUCAGAGAUCUGCAUCAGUUGCUGCAACUGCCGCUGUACGAAGUAUUGCUGAUGAUGGGGAUGAUGUGGAUUCUCCUUCGAGUGAAGAAGAGGCAGGGAAACUUGGAAUUGAUGAGGUUGAUAAUAGUUCGGAAAAUGAUGAAAUUGUUCCAAGUAGAGGACGGAAAAGGGCUGCACCAAGGGGGAGAGGUAGAGGCUCUACGCAACCAUCUAAGCGUGGAAAGAAAUCAGAUAGCUCUGCAAUUAACCGAAUGUUUAUGAACAAAGAUGAUGACGACGACGAUGAAGAUGUGACAAAGAGAUUAAAUAAGCCUCUGCCUCGGGUUACGAGAAAUUACGGCGCUCUUAGAAGGUAACAAUCAGUAAGGUUCUCCCAUGCUUUGACAAGGCAGUCCAACUUCAUGUCACGGUUCCAACCUUACGUACCUCCAUUUCGGCGCAGAAGGACGUAGGAGCUAAAGAGUUCAGAGCUGGGACAAAGACAAUCCAUUCGUAGAGGCUUCUGAUGGAAGUCUACAUUCAAGCUGUUUGAAUGUUCCUUCCGAAGGGUCGCAAAAUGUAAUUUGAUCGUUACAAGAGUGGAUGCCCGCUUCAGUUGAUUUUGUUCCAAAUCGAGUUAAUGUUCUUUUCCGGGUACUGUACAUAUCUGUAUUGAGUGAUACAUGAUGUGAGAGAUUGUGAACAUGGUGACGGUCAUGGUUUCCGGCCACCAGACAAAGCAACCAUGGUAUCAACGGGCAGGUUGGCUGGAAUUUGUGGUCGCAAAAUCCAUCUGAUUUCUUUUAGCCUGGAAACGACGCCGUUGUCUGAGAUGGCUUGUAAGUCAAGAAAACAUCAACUUGUAUUACACCUUCAAAGUAAACGAUUUGCGCGUCUAACAUUUCA